UCCUCUUAAAUUUCUCACCAUCCGCCGGAAUCUCUCCCUCCGCUGCCUUCCGAACGAUCCCAAUUCCAAUUUCAAUUCCAAAAUACUUCAAUCUGAAUUAUGAUUUACUAUCGCAAUCGGGAGAUUUUAGGGUUUUGAUCUUAUUCUCUUUGCGGUUUUCCUUCUGCUCUUCGUUUGGCAAAACGGGGAUUCUUUGUUUUUGUGGGAAUGAAUUGGAAGCAUCAAUUGUAGGUGUUGAUGUUGUUUAUGUAUAGAUGAUGCACGGGAAUUUCGCUGACUGAAGACAGGGAUGAAAAUCUAUGCUCUUCUGACAUCUGCUGGCAUCAACAUAGGGCUGUGCGCACUGUUCUUGUCACUAUAUUCUGUCCUGAGGAAGCAGCCUGGGAAUGUUAGUGUGUACUUUGGAAGGAGGCUUGCUCAAGAGCACGGCCGGUACCGGGACUCGUUUAGUUUGGAGAGAUUUGUGCCCUCUCCCAGCUGGAUAGUGAAGGCUUGCCAAUAUACAGAAGAGGAGAUCCUGUCCAUUGCUGGGUUGGAUGCUGUUGUAUUUCUUAGACUAGUUGUUUUCAGUAUCCGUAUAUUUUCCAUUGCUGCUGUUGUGUGUGUAUUUGGAAUACUCCCGUUGAAUUAUUUUGGACAAGAUAUGCAGCAUCAUGCACACAUUCCCUCGGAAUCUUUAGAUGCAUUUACCAUUGGAAAUGUGAAGAUGAGAUCACAGUGGCUUUGGGUCCACUGCCUUGCAUUAUAUAUUGUAUCUUUUUCAGCUUGCGUGCUUCUUUACUAUGAAUAUAAGAGUAUUGCUGGAAUGAGGCUGGUCUAUUUUACUCGAUCACCUCCCAAUCCCAGUCAUUUUACAGUUCUUGUUCGUGGUAUCCCAAAGUCAACUGAAGAACCAUUCACUGUUGCUGUCAAGAAUUUCUUCACAAAGUAUCAUGGAUCAAGUUAUUUAUCACACCAAAUGGUAUAUCGGGUUGGGAAAAUUCAAAAAAUUAUGACAAAUGCAGAGAAGGUUUACAAAAAGUUUGUACACUUGAAAGAUACUGAUUUUGACCAGAGACAUCGACCUCAUAUAUAUAGAUGCAGACUUUGUGGGGGAACGUCGAAUACUUUCCAGUUAUAUCGUAAUGAAUCUGAUCUCAGUGUGAAGAAAACUGAUCUUGGCCAUUCACAUUCUAAUACAGAAGAGAAGGAAUGUGCUGCUGCUUUUGUUUUUUUCAGAACUCGGUAUGCUGCAAGUGUUGCUUCACAAGUUCUUCAAGCAUCAAAUCCGAUGUUGUGGGUCACUGAUUUGGCUCCAGAUCCACAUGAUGUGUAUUGGUCAAAUCUUUGGCUACCAUAUAGACAGCUUUGGAUUCGUCGGAUUGGAACUCUUCUGGCUAGCAUUGUUUUUAUGUUUUUGUUUCUAGUCCCAGUCACAUUUGUGCAAGGAUUAUCUCAACUAGAUCAAUUGCAGCAGAAGUUCCCUUUUUUAAAAGGUAUAUUGAAGAAGACCUUUGUAAGCCAACUAGUAACAGGAUACCUCCCUAGUGUCAUUUUACAGUUAUUUCUUUAUAUUGUCCCCCCUACAAUGAUGCUAUUUUCUGCCUUGGAAGGACCUACUUCUCAUAGUGGAAGGAAAAAUAGUGCAUGUUUGAAAGUCUUGUACUUCACCAUCUGGAAUGUAUUCUUUGUCAAUGUUUUGUCUGGAUCUGUCAUCAGUCAGCUGAAUGUCAUAUCUAGUCCAAAGGAAAUUCCUACGCAGCUUGCUAAAGCUGUACCAAGGCAGGCCACCUUUUUCAUCACUUAUGUUCUGACUUCAGGUUGGGCAAGCUUGUCUUCCGAAGUAAUGCAACUCUUCUCCCUUGUCUGGAACUUCUUUAAGAAAUAUGUAUUUGGGGGGAAGGAUGACCCAGCUUCUGUUCCAACAUUUCCUUAUCACACUGAGGUGCCAAGAGUUCUCUUGUUCGGACUACUUGGAUUCACUUGUUCGGUGCUGGCACCAUUAAUAUUACCUUUCUUGCUGGUGUACUUUUUGCUUGGUUAUGCUGUGUAUCGCAACCAGCUUCUUAAUGUAUACUGCUCAAAAUACGAAACUGGGGGACUACUGUGGCCCACUAUGCACAACACAACUGUCUUUUCUCUGGUGCUUGCACAGAUAAUUGCCCUUGGAGUCUUUGGGAUAAAAGAAUCAUCAGUUGCCUCAGGCUUCACCGUUGUCCUAGUGAUCCUUACACUCCUUUUUAAUGAGUACUGCAGGCAGCGUUUCCAUCCUGUAUUCAAGAGUUUCUCAGCACAGGAUCUUAUUGAGAUGGAUAUAGAAGAUGAGCAGAGUGGAAGGAUGGAAGAAAUUCAACAACAGCUGCAUCCAGCUUACUGUCAAUUUCCACCUUACACACAGGAUGUAUGUGAUGUAGAAAUUGAAGGCCCAAGUGAUGUCGAUGGCCAAGAUAGCUCUAGAGGUUUGGAAAAUGAUUUUUCUCACCCAACACUCCCUGGGUUUCCACUUUCUAGACUGCGGAGAGCUGUUUCAUUGCUCAGUAUUCUUGUAAAACUUCAGAACAGAAGGUCAUUAAAGUAAAGUGCACGGCCUGUUUAGGUCAUCUAGGCACUGUGGUUUGACUAUUUGAGGGCUCUCAUCUUCUUGUGUGUAUAUAUAUUUUUUCCAUCCCUUGUGAAGUUGGUUUCUUAAUCUGAUUAGUGCCUAUA